AUGAAACCCGAAUUCUGGCAAGAUCGAUGGAACAAGGAUCAGAUUGGCUGGCACCAGAAGUCGGCCAACCCCCACCUCGUUAAGUACUGGCCCACCCUCAAUAUCUCGCAGGGAUCGACUGUGAUUGUGCCUCUCUGCGGCAAGUCUCUAGACAUGCGAUGGCUGGAGGGGCUCGGAUACAACGUGCUGGGUGUGGAGCUGUCCGAAAAGGCCUGCAAGCAGUACUUUGACCAGAUGGAGCUGGAACCCAAGGUGUCCAAGAACGCCAGUGGAAAGUUCACAAUCUACGAGGCCGGAAACACCCAGAUCUGGUGCGGUGACCUCUUUGAUCUCGACGCAGACGAUGUCAAGUACGUGUCUGCGCUCUACGACAGAGCCUCGGUGAUUGCCCUGCCACCGGACAUGCGAGAGCGAUACGCCGCCCAUCUGGGGGCUCUUAUUCCCGACCCCCAGGGCCUGAUCAUCACCCUGGAUUACGACCAAUCGAAGAUGAAUGGUCCUCCCCAUGCUGUUUCUGACGCCGAGGUCCAGCGCCUGUUUGGCACCAACUGGAAGCUCACUUUGCUGGAGGAGGUUGACAAGAAGGAUAUGUUCAAGGAGGAGGGCAUCGAGCCCGUUGAGCGAGUCUACAAGCUCAAUUGA